AUGGAUAAGAACCAAUAUGUUACUUGCAACUUAAAACCCUCUGGGUCAAAAAUCUUUGUUUUUUAUAUUCUGUUUAUAAUUAAAUGCGUUAGAGCGGAUGACGCAGACACUUCACCUUUUAAGUUUAACGAUGAUGUAGUCAGUACUGCAUAUGGUUUUGUAUUGGGAACAUUUAUACCUUCCGCCAAUUCAUCUUAUCAAACAAACACAGUUUUAGCUAUUGUCGGAUUCCUAUUGAUUCGCAUAACCUUUUAUGCAAAAAGUAGAUUAAACAGAGUUGGGAUGCUUGCUUAUUUAGUGUCAGAGAUCGAUUGUGUGGGGAGUAUUAGUUGUGAAGAGUUUGUUAAAGUAUAUGGCAAUAAUGGUGCAACUAAUAACACUAUUUCCAGAGAUACCAAUGGACUUGAUCAAGACAACACUAAGAUCAGCGAUGAUAAUAAAGUUAAAGCUUGCAAUAAUGAUUCAACUAGCAGUACUAAUUCCGAAAAUACUAUUAACAUUGAAGCUUAUUUAUGUGAUGUUGAUAAGAACGUCGACUUUAAAGUUAAUUUAAAUGUUAAAUAUUCACAACCAGGAUAA